AUGCGUGUCCAACGCCUCGCGCGUCGGCUCUCCACGGCCAGCGUGCCACGCGAUCGCAGCUUCAACGGCCUGCACGCGGCGUCCAGCAGCCUGCUCGACGACGCCGACCUUUACGGUACGCUUCGUGAGAAGCACUUCCGCCUGCCGGCCGCGACGGUGCGCCACUUGUACGCCGACGCCGCAUGGCGCACGCGUCGAGCCGCGCUCGCGGGGCUGAGCGACGAGCAGCUGCACGGGCGCUACGAGGCCUCGGUCAACCCUAUCGUGUGGGCGCUGGGGCACGUCUCGCACUUCUACGAGGCGAUGGCGCUGCGCCUCUUGGCGCCUGACGAGCCGCCGCUGCACGGCCCGGGCACGCUGCUCGCGGGCUGGGACGUCGAGGGUGCCUUCGACUCGUUUCGCGCCAACCACGCCGACCGGUGGGAGGGCGACGGCCUUGCGGAGGUGAGCCCCGCGGGGCGCUACCCCUCGCCGCGCUCGGCGAUGCUUUACGGCUACCGUGACCGUGUGGCGGCGCGGCUUCUGGCGCAGCUGCCCGAGGCGGACGACGCGCUGCUCGGCGCGGCGGAGACCUACCUGCACGUCUACGCUGUCGUUCACGAGCACUGGCACAUCGAAGACUGGCACCAAACGCGCCAGACUCUCGGCCUGCCGCCGCCGCCGCCGCCGAGCGCCGACGAGCCGCUGGUCCUUGACGUGCGAGGCGGCCGGUUCGCGCCGACGGCCGCGACGCUCCAAGCGCCCGACGCGUGCGCCGACGGCGGGCCGCUGCGCGGCGAAGCGCGCGUGCCCGGCGGCGAGUAUGUGCUCGGCGGGUGCGCGGCGCAGCAGCCCUUUGUUCUCGACUCGGAGCGCGGCGCACACGCCGUGCGCGUGCAGCCGUACGCCAUCGCCCUCGCGCCGGUGACCAACGAGCAGAUGCUCAGCUUCGUCCUCGACGGCGGCUACCGCCGAAGGGAGCUGUGGUGCCACGAGGGCUGGCGGUGGCUGAUGCGCGGCGGCGCGGCGGCCACGGGCCAGCACGAGGCUGGCACCGGCGAGCGGCGGGUGGCGCCGCGGUACUGGCGGCGCGUCGCCGCCGCCGCCGGGAGCGCGAGCGCGAGCUCCGUGGUGGACGGCGCGCUCGACGGGUGGGUGACGCGCUGCUUUGACGACGAUGCCGCGCCGCUCGCGCGCCACGCGCCGGUCGUGCACGUGUCCUGGUACGAGGCCAACGCCUACUGCCGUUGGGCGGGGAGGCGGCUGCCCACCGAGGCCGAGUGGGAGGUGGCCGCGAUCGCGCAGCCCGUCGAGGGCGAGGGCGAGGGCGACGGUGAAGGCAAAGCCGAAGCCGAAGGCGGCGGUGGUGGUGGCGGUGCACUCGGUGGCGGUGGGCGGCGGCUGCCGCGUGUCGAGCGGCACGCCGAGCCAUGGCCUCGCGCGGCGGCGGGCGGCGAGCUGCUCCGCCUGUCGCCCGCGAAGCGCACCUUCCCGUGGGGCGAGGCGCCGCCCACGCCCGAGCGCGCCAACCUCGACGGGCUGCGCCCGUGCGGCUACCUGCCUGUUGACGCGAUGCCGGGGGCCGACUCGGCCUUUGGCUGCCGGCAGAUGGUGGGCAACGUGUGGGAGUGGACCGCCACCGCCUUCUAUCCCUUCCCCGGCUUUGUCCCCGACUUUCCGUACCGCGAGAACUCGGCGCCGUGGUUUGGCUACCGCAAGGUCGUCAAGGGCGGCAGCUGGGCCACCUCGGCGCUGGUGGGCGCGCGCGGCGGGUACCGCAACCACUUCUGGCCAAACAUGGACGAAACCUUUACCGGCUUCCGCACGGCGCGCGACCUCUAG